AUGACUCAAUUCAGACAUGCUUUCUCUUUGGAUAAGCAGGAGCUCAAUGAGAUGGCGCCUCCUGGCACUGUCACGUUGAUGGACAGAGAACUCGUACGAACAAACACAGGUCAUCAUGAAGUCGAAGAAAACCACAUCCACCUGAAUCCUGAACCAUCACCGGAUCCAGCGGAUCCCCUCAACUUCUCGAACUCGCGAAAGAUCACGAUCCUAGCGCUGAUGGCUCUCUAUGCCUUCGUCACCAACGUCUCAAGUUCGAUCAUCAGCAGUGCCUUGCCCAAUCUGGUUACUGCCUUUGCGACCUUCCAUGAGCGGGGACCACCCACUGGUAUCGUGCCGUUCAGCAAGCUCACCCACCUUAUUGCCGUCAACAACUUGUUCCUCGGUGCUGCGAACAUCUGGUGGGUGCCGCUUGGCAACACCUUCGGACGUCGUCCUAUCAUCCUUAUCUGUCUUGCCAUCCUCUUUGCCUCAUCAGUAUGGGCUGGCAAAGCCGACUCAUACAACAGUCUGCUCGCUGCUAGAGUCUUCCAAGGUAUUGGUGGUGGUGCCGCCGAUACCCUUGCCCCUGAUGUUGUUGGUCAAAUCUUCUUUGUCCAUCAAAGAGGUCGUGCUAUGGCCAUUUACACCAUCUUCCUCGCUUCUGGCUCCUUGGUCGGCGGCCUAGUCGGUGGCUACAUCACCCACGACAUGGGUUGGCGAUGGACCAUGUACAUCUCGGCUAUUCUGUCGGGGGCCGUCAUGCUUUUGAGCUUCUUCUUUGUUCCCGAGACGCUCUUCGACCGUGAGGCAGCCAUGGCUGUCGUACGUCCUGAAGGCUACAACAGAGACUCCCCCAUCGAGGAGAAGGCCGAGAUGGCCAGAGUUGAGACUGUCGCUUCGACUGUGUUCCCCGAAUACACCUUCGCCAGAAGUCUCAAGAUUGGCAUGUACAGACCUGGCUUCUUCAAGCGCUGCAUCACUCCUUACACCACUCUUCUCUUCCCCGGUACAUGGAUGGUCAUGUUGCAUUACGCCGGUCUCGUCGGACUGAUCGUUACCAUCUCGACUGUUGCACCCCAGAUCCUUGCUCAACCACCUUACCUUUGGGGCGGUUCAGUCGGUCUGAUCAACGUUGGCGGUCUGGUCGGUACCGUUCUUGGCGCAAUCUACACCUACUUCACUGCCGACUACAUUGUCAAGCGUCAGGCCAAGAAGGAGCGCCACGGGUUCAGUGAGCCUGAAGCACGUCUUCCUCUCAUGUUCCCUGCCCUCCUCAUCGCAACCGCUGGCUCUCUUGUCUUCGGUUUCUCGGCCAAGGCAGCAACACCCAAGGCAUGGAUUGGUCUCGAGUUUGGCAAUGGAAUGGUCGCCUUCGGUCUCAUGCAGGUGCCUUCUAUCGGCUUCAACUACCUCAUUGAGAGCUAUGGUGCCUGGAGUGCCGAUUGCUUCCUUAUGGUUGUCACCUUCCGUGCUGUCAUCAGUUUCGCCUGGACUUUCUUCGUCGGCACUUGGGUCGAGAGUGCAGGACCCGCUGAGCCGUUCGGAAUCUUUGCUCUCCUCAUGGGCGUCUUCAGUCUUACCACUGUACCCGUCUGGUUGUUCGGCAAGAGAUUGAGAUUUGCUACCAGCAACCUUGUGAUGAAAGGAUAUGCCAGAGGCGAAUGA